UGUUUACCAAGCCUGGUGCGGACCCUGCAAAGCAAUGCAGACGUUAUUCAGGAAGCUGAAAAAUGAGCUGAACGAAGAUGAAAUUCUGCAUUUUGUUGUAGCUGAAGCUGACAGCGUUGCGACUUUGCAGCCAUUUAGAGAUAACUGUGAACCUAUUUUUCUUUUUAGUGUUAAUGGCAAAAUUGUUGCAAAGAUUGAGGGUGCAAACGCACCACUUGUUAAUAAAACAGUUAUUAACUUGGUGAAUGAUGAGAAGAAAAUUGCAGCAGGUGAAAUCGUUCGCCCUCAGUAUCAUGAAAUUGGACUUGCAGGCUCAAGUACAGAAUUUGCCAAGACAGCAUCCAAAGAUACUAUGGGCCGAAUAUACAGUAUUGCUAUUAUCAAACCCGAGGCUAGGAAUACUGGAAAAACUACGGAAAUUAAAGAAAAUAUUGUCAACGCAGGAUUCGUCAUAGAAGCAGAAGAUAAUAGAGUGCUCACUGAAAACCAAGUGAGGGAAUUCUAUAGUCAAAUAGCCGAGCAGCCUGACUUUGAAGAGUUUAUCUCAUUAAUGACACAUAGCCUAAGCUGUGUUCUAGUUGUAUCUCGAAGCACUGAACAAGUACCGUUCUUGGAAGAGGAAAUUGUAUCUAAAUUUGAGACUGAACCUCAAGAACCACCUGAGGGUCAACCUGAGAUGGACCCAUCUUCACUGGUGAAGAAAAAGUGGGACAGCAGUUUAGAAGAAUAUCUGGUUAAAGAAAAUAUACGUCAGUUUUGUGAUGUUGAAGAGGAUGUAGAUAAUGUUAAUAAGCUUAUUGAUAUCUUCUUCCCUGAUUUUAAAAACAUGAAAUUAGAAAAGACACUGGCAUUACUUCGACCAGAUCUCUUUCAAGAAAAGAAAGAGGAUGUUUUGAAUAUUAUUAAAAAUGAAGGCUUUAAUAUACUGAUGCAAAGGCCAGUGGUAUUAUCAGAAGAAGAGGCACGAACACUGUGCAAGGAAUAUGAAAAUGAAAAUUAUUAUGAAAAGGUGAUAGAAAACAUGACCAGUGGUCCAUCUCUAGCUCUUGUUUUAGUGAGAGAAAAUUCUUUACAACACUGGAAAGAGUUAAUUGGACCAAGUACUGUUGGAGAAGCUAAAAGAUAUCUUCCGAACAGUUUGUGUGUACAAUUUGCAAUGGAAAACCUGCCGAUCAACCAGUUGUAUGGAAGUGACUCACUUGAAGCUGCCGAAAGGGAAAUCCAGUAUUUCUUUCCUCCUCAAAACACUUUAGCAGUGAUUAAACCUCAGGCAACACUCAAACAAAGAGAGAUGAUCUUCAACCGUAUUAAAGAGGCUGGAUUUGAUAUAAUACAGAUGAAGGAAAUUCUGCUAACCAAAGAGCAUGCUGACAAAAUUUAUUAUAAAAUAGCACAGAAAGACUUUUAUAACAGUGUGUUGGAGGUAUUAUCUGAGGGUCCAUCUUUGGUCAUGAUUCUGAGCAAGUGGAAUGCUAUUGCAGACUGGAGGCGAUUGAUGGGUCCCACAGACCCAAGUGAAGCAAAGUUCUUGUCCCCAAACUCUCUCCGAGCCCAAUUUGGAAUAAAUCUUUUGAAAAAUGCUGUCCAUGGAUCAUCUAAUGCCACUGAGGCAAUGCAAACAAUUCAAAAUAUAUUUGAAGAGGUUGAUCCUGAGAAUCCCGAGAAUCCCAAGGAAAACUAAAACUCUUCACAUGUGCAGUGUUGUCUUCAGCUGGAUGAGCCAAAUUGAGAAUCCGUCCACAUAAUGAGAAAACAUUGUGAAAUGGACCAAUCCCUCCAUACCCAUUCAGGUUCCCGAGGGAAAGAAGAGUACAUCGCUCCCUUAAUAGUGUCAUUUAGUCUAGGCUUUCUCUAGAUGUAAGAACAUUGUAUCAAAACAUUAAAUGCAAAAAUAAAAGUAGAUUCUGUCAUACUA